CCCCCCCCUCUAGAUGAUUCCUCUGGAUUCGUUUGUGGGUCAGAGUGCAGACGGUAAGAUGGUUCCUAUUAUCCCCGGUGGAAACAGCAUCCCUCUGACCUUCUCCAACAGGAAGGAGUAUGUAGCCCGGGCCAUCGAGUACCGCCUGCACGAGAUAGACAGACAGGUGGCGGUGGUGCGUGAGGGCAUGUCCUGGAUCGUCCCUGUCCCUCUCCUCUCCCUCCUCACAGCCAAACAACUGGAACAGAUGGUUUGUGGGAUGCCAGAGAUCAGUGUGGACGUGCUCAAGAAGGUUGUGCGAUACCGUGAGGUAGAAGAGCAUCACACUCAGGUCCAGUGGUUCUGGCAGACCCUAGAGGACUUCUCCAACGAGGAGAGGGUUCUGUUCAUGCGCUUCGUCUCAGGACGGUCCAGGCUGCCCGCCAACACAGCUGACAUCUCCCAGAGGUUCCAGAUUAUGAAGGUGGACAGGCCGUAUGACAGCCUGCCGACCUCCCAGACGUGUUUCUUCCAGCUGCGCCUGCCUCCUUACUCCAGCCAGACGGUGAUGGCAGAGAGACUACGCUACGCCAUCAACAACUGUCGCUCCAUCGACAUGGACAACUACAUGCUGUCACGUAACGUAGACAACGCCGAGGGCUCGGACACAGACUACUGACCAACCGCAGUCUACCCCCGGAGGCACCGUCAAAACAACACACUUUCACAGACCCUCACCACACACACACACCGAGACCCAGGAAAGACCGGGCCUGGAUGGAAUAAAGACUGUCCUCUCACAGACCCUCACCACACACACACACACCGAGACCCAGGAAAGACCGGGCCUGGAUGGAAUAAAGACUGUCCUCUCACAGACCCUCACCACACACACACACACACACACACCGAGACCCAGGAAAGACCGGGCCUGGAUGGAAUAAAGACUGUCCUCUCACAGAGCAGAAACCCAGAAGGAAAAGUGCAUCUUCUUGGUCCCGUCGUCAACGUACAGUAAGAACUCACAGAGUAGCAACAACAGAGAGCGUUAAUGUAGCUGUACGGAAGGCCGGGUCACUUUUGAACACGUCAUUAUAUUCCAUGUUAACUCUACUACUCUCGACGCAUAAGACAUAAUGGAUGGAUUUGAUUCAAUGUUUUUAUUUUUCAACCUUGUGGUUUUAUUAGUACGUUUUUUUUUAAGCAAUUAAAAAAAAAAAACAGAAGCAGUUCAUUUGAGUUAUUAUUAAUAUUAUUUUGGUUCUUUUUUUCAUCGCUUCAUUUCUUUCAGUUUUUUUUUAUUUUUAAUGUUUAUUUAGUCUUUGGGAAAAUGUGUAUAAGAGUAUUCAUUCACCCAAAGUGAAGAAGAAAAGUAAUAUGUUGUACAUUGUGUAUAAUGUUUCAUUUGGAAAAUGUUUUACAUAAAUAUCCAUAUUUAUUUUUGUUUUAAUUUUUAAAUUGCCGACGCCGCGGUUUCCUAAAGCAAGAAGAAGAAGAAACUCAAUAAAAUGCUUCAGAACGGA